CGCUCUUGCUCGCCGCCAUUUUUGAAGUAUUUUUAAAAAGGUUAUCGUUGCAACUCUUUCGCAUUUACCCUCCAUGACUUCUUUAGUUUCAUGAAAACAGAAAGAUGCCUGAAGACCUGUCCAAUUCCUAUAAUAUACGACCUAAUUUCAAGCACAAGUUCCGUCCUGCUUCUGUAAAAGCAAUCAUUCAUGAUGUUUUGAAUGAGGAACUUUCGGGCAAAAAAUACAGCUCAGAGGAGGCGACUGCAUGGUGUAAACACAUCUCUGAGACUGUGAAAGAAAAACUGAAAGAACUGGAUUUGGACAGAUACAAAUUUAUUGUCCAAGUUGUCAUUGGUGAACAAAGAGGAGAAGGAGUUAAGGUAGCAUGUAGAUGCUUGUGGGACUCAGAUACAGACAAUUACGCACAAGAUAUUUUCAUGAAUGAUACGUUAUUUUGCGUCGUGGCAGCCUACGGUGUCUUCUACUACUGAGCGCAGUUGGUGACCUGCCUUGCUCCUUGUGGAUCUAUUUAAACCUUAUUUACACAAAAGCCUCACCAUUGUAAAUGUAAAUGUUAAUCUUGUGUACAAAUGGCAUUUCAUUCACCCUGUUGAGCGGUUUUCUUGUGUUGCCAUAAAUUAAACAGCGGGGUGAUUUUAGUCAUGAGACUAGUGACUGCUCAUGUGUCAAUUAAUGCUUUUGUAAAGGUUUUUUUUUUUUUUUGUCUUUUUGGUCCUACUGUGAGUGAACACGUUGUAUACCAGUCACACCUCUUCCGCAAACUUUUCUCCCACAUUCGAAGUAAAUCAUAAAUGUUUUCAAUUCUUCGCGAAUAGCUGAAAUUUGUCUUAAAAAUUUGUAGAAUAUCAUGCCAUAAUUGUUAUUUAUAGCACGAUUUUCGUAAAAUUUAAUAAAGUGGUCAUCUUUUAAGCGCCGCA